CACUGACGCUGUCACUCUCCGGUCUGUGGCCGAAAUAUGGCAAAGUUUGUCCACAAAGAGCACUCUGAGAUCACUAUGGACUAUGUAAAUCUACCUGAUGGAUUGGCCAGGAAUGAUGCUCUGAAGAGCUGUUCCGGCAGGGAUGGUGGAGCAACCUCUGCAGCGCCUGGAAGAAAACUCCACAGACUGGUUGCUUUGAGCUUUGGACUCCUGUGUGUCCUCCAAGCUGUCCUCAACAUUUCGCUGCGCCUUGCUCUCUACAGCUCUGACAGCAAAACCCCAGAUAUAGAGGCCAGCUGCAAAAACCUGACUGACGAGACUGACGAGCUGAAGAGAAAACUGACUCAAUUUGAUCACUAUUUGCAAGAAGGAUGGGUGUAUUUCCACUCCAGCUUCUAUUACGUUUCUUCCAUCAAGAAAUCCUGGAAAGAAAGUAGAGCUGACUGUCUGCAAAGAGGUGCAGACCUGAUGAUUAUUAACAGCACAGAAGAACAGGACUUCACAAGAAAAUUCCACAAGUUCAUGUGGAUUGGAUUGACAGACAGCGAAACUGAAGGGAUGUGGAAAUGGGUGGAUGGCACACCGCUGACAACAAGCUAUUGGACCCCUGGGGAGCCCAACAGUUAUGAAGGCCAAAAUGAAGACUGUGUAGAAUUAAAGUCCCAUGAUAUGAUAAACAGCUGGAAUGAUAAACCAUGUGAAGGCCAAAACUUCUGGAUCUGUGAAAAGAUGAUAGUUAUAACUCAGCAUAUACAACCAUGGAAAGCUGAAACUGACUUCAUGUUCAAUUGAGACUGUGUACAGUAUUUUCUGGAAAUCUGUUUUUGACUUUACUGUCCCCAUUAAUAAUAAAGUGUUUGUCUUUUCGCAUGAGA